AUGCGAGGAGUGGAUUCGCGACCAAAUAUGCGGAUGGAAUGUCCGUCCUGCUUCAAAUGCUUCGAAUUGUGUGUGGCUCUGCCUCCAACCCUACCGCACAGUGUAAAAGCGAUGGAGUUGGUUGGUGUUGCCACGGAUUGUCCUCCGGCUGGACGCGAGUCGCACCGCUUGGACAUUAUCCCACGUUUCGAACAUUCGUGGCAUGUGUGGGAUGUGGCGUUGCAGCGGUGGUGGGAAGAGCAGUUGCCUGUAAGCGGUCGGUGUGGAUGUCUCAUCACUCGAUUCACAGUCUACAACUCAACAGUGCGUAAUGAUGUGCUAUGCAGGGUUUCGCCUGAAUGCAAGGCAGCUGCCGCAGUUGUACGCAAUGUCUCCACAAUAGGAAACCCGAGGCGUGGCGUUGAAAAUCGUGCCUGCACAGCCUCCUUGGCAUUUUGUGAUUUGAUCCACAAUGCGCCUUCAACUAUAGGGCUAUGCGGCGCAGAAUAA